UAAAAGCUAGCCAUCAGAGAGUUUCAUUUCAUUAAUUUGAAGAGCCAAAAGCUAAAGCUAAGGUUUCAUCUUUUAGCUUUCCAUCCCUGUUGCAAGGUAACUUCAAGCACAUUUAUCAGUUAUCACGAAACCGUGGUGUACUUGUGUACUUGUUGUUGUUGUGUACUAUCAGUCAUCGUCAUGCACCUACAGGUUCGUUUCAUUUGCUGCAACUGGGUUUUUCUCGCAGUGGAGUGUGCAAGGGGCGUCGCUUAACCGGUUUAAGCUGCACAGUUUGCAGUGUGUGCAGCGUGUGCAGGUCGCCCGAAAAGACCUUGUAUUUUACAUAUCACUACACCAACACUACUACAAAUUAUUGUAGUAAUUGUGGCAAAAAGAACAAACUUUUUCAUGUAGCAUUUGUUUUGUUGCGGAAUUCUCCUUUUGUAAUAUUGUAAUAUAUGUAUUUGAUGAGAAUCUAAAUUCUAAACUAGGUACCUAAUUUUCGUUCGGUUUUAAAUCGCAAUAAAGUAACUAUAAACUAGUCAUGUUAUUAUUUUCGAGUCCAGUCAAACUGAUGAUCUCGGCUGUGUUUCGGCCAUGGGCCAUAAGUAAAUUCAAUGGAUACGGUGUAAGGAGUAUUACAACAUUGCAAAAGAAACAGAAAGAGGCAUUGGUUGACAGACGCGUCGAGAAAACCGUCUACAGACAUUUCAACUCAUAUGAGUUGGUCCACUUCCACUGGUACGAUCGUAUAUUCAAUGGAGAUCGUUGCACGAAUAAGAAGUCAUUGCAAAAGGCAUAUCGGAAGGAAUUAUUCAAGAGACUCGUCCAAAAAGUCUACAGACAUUUUUACCUCGAGUUUGGUCGUAUAUUGAAUGGAUAUCGUUUAACGAAUACGAGUAUGGAGUCAUUGAAAAAUGACCAGAAGGAGUACGUUGACGGAGCAACCGAGGAGAUAAUCACUCAACUUUUUCAACCUCGCGUUAUAAACGCAGAUGAUUACAAGCAACACAGCGUGAAAUAUGUAAAAGAAUUGGAAACGGAAGAAAAAGAGAAAUACGUUGUUAUGAUUGAAGACUCGAUCGAAGAACCUUUUUUAAGAAUGUUAUUGGAUAUCAAGUUGUAUUUAGAUUUGGAAUUGAUUUUUCUCGUCGGUUUUGGAAAUUGCAUCGAUAACGUUUAUCUGUUAUGGAAUUGUUAUCAUGUCAAUGCUAAUUUCGCGAUAUUUUACGAAAGAGUCAUAAUUAAUGGUGCUAUUGCAAUGGAAGAGUACUACGAAGAGUCUAUUAAACAAGAUGCCAUUGUAACUUUAAGUCAUAGACUGCUUCGAAACUAUGUUUUAGAUAUUUGUGCUAAGCGUGAUACCAUGACUGAUAAGGAAGAGAUCCCAGAAAGUCGUGAAUUUAGCGAAAAAUCCCAAAAGUUUAUCGACUUCGUAUUGAGAAACGAAAAUUGUGUUGUAAAGUAGAAUAAGUCAUCUCAUACUGUAUGAUUAUGUGCCUAUAAUAUUAUGUACUAUACAUAACAUUUCCAAUAUAGUUGAUAAGAGUAAAA